GACCCAACCGCCACGGUGCGUCGGGAUGGCACUACAGCAGUAGUCAGCAGCCCGUUCUGUAGGGUGGAGCUUUUAACGACACUCCGUCUCAGGUAGGUCGUCGGCGUCAUCGAACAAGGUUAGGCUCUCCUCUGCUCUGGCAUUUUUAUGUAUCUGAUUAUGAGUCACAGACAUGAGUAGCCUACCACGUCAGUAUAAGUAAUCUUCACAGCCAAGUUCAGAGGACAGGCGCACCAACCGUUUCAGAGAGUGUCCGCGAGCAGAGAAGGACUAGCGUUCUUUAUCACGGACUGAGAGUUCCCCCAGAGAAGUUAACUACUACGAUCUCUUUCCGGUACUCUGGAGCCCACAUUCAGUCGCUAAACCUAAUACACCAUCCAGAACAAAGAUGCCUAAAACGGUCAAUGUCCGGGUCACCACCAUGGAUGCUGAGCUGGAGUUUUCCAUUCUUCCCAGCAUCACCGGCAAACAGCUGUUCGAACAGGUGUCCAGAACGGUCGGUCUGCGGGAGCUCUGGUACUUCGGCCUGCUGUUCGUUAACACCAAAGGGUUCCAAACAUGGCUGAAGUUUGAUAAAAAAGUGAUAGCCCAGGAAGUAAAGAAAGAGGUUCCUCUCCAGUUCCGUUUCCGGGCCAAGUUCUACCCAGAGGACGUGGCUGAGGAGCUGAUCCAGGAGAGCACCCAGAAACUGUUCUUCCUGCAGGUGAAGGAGGGCAUCAUAACUGAUGAGGUGUACUGCCCUCCAGAGUCUGCUGUUCUGCUGGCCUCCUACUCUGUACAGGCCAAGUUUGGAGACUUCAAUAAGGAGACACACCAGAAUGGUUACCUGGCCAAUGAACGCCUGCUGCCCAAGAGAGUGCUGGAUCAACACAAGCUGUCUAAAGAACAGUGGGAGCAGCGGAUCCAGACCUGGCACGAGGAACACAGAGCUAUGCUCAAGGAGGAUGCUAUGCUGGAGUAUCUAAAGAUCGCCCAGGACUUGGAGAUGUAUGGAGUCAACUUCUUUGACAUUAAGAACAGGAAGGGGACAGAGCUGUGGCUGGGGGUAGAUGCCCUGGGACUCAACAUCUACGAGAAAGACGACAGGCUGACUCCAAAGAUCGGGUUUCCCUGGAGUGAAAUUAGGAACAUUUCAUUCAAUGAUAAAAAGUUCAUCAUCAAGCCCAUUGAUAAGAAAGCUCCCGAUUUUGUGUUCUACGCCCCUCGGCCGGACAUGAAUAAGCGUAUCCUGGCUCUGUGCAUGGGGAACCAUGAGCUAUACAUGAAACGCAGGAAGCCGGACAACAUCGAGGUGCAGCAGAUGAAGACUAAGGCCAGGGAGGAGAAACACCAGAAACAGAUGGAAAGGGCCCAGCUGGAGAAUGAGAAGAAGAAACGGGAGGCCAUGGAGAAAGAGAAGGAUCAGAUGGAGAGAGAGAAGCAGGACUUGAUGCUGAGGCUGUACCAGUUUGAGGAGACAACCAAGAAGGCAGAGAGAGAACUGCAGGAGCAGCUGGAGAGAGCUAUCCGUCUGGAAGAGGAGAGGAGGAGGGUGGAGGAGGAUGCAGCCAGGCUGGAGGCUGAGAGACAGGUUGCUCUCCUGGCCAAAGAGGAGCUGGCCAGGCAGGCCGUGAUUCAGCUAGAGAGCCAGGAACAGCUGACUGCAGAGCUGGCAGAGUACACUGCUAAGAUCGCCCUGUUGGAGGAGGCCAAGAGGAUCCAGGAGGAAGAGGCCGAAACAUGGCAGAGCAGGGCUAAGGAGGUGCAGGAGGAUCUUCUGAAGACUAGGGAGGAGCUUCACCUGGUAAUGGCCGCCCCCGCUGCCAUCCCGGCCCCUCCCUCACCUGACAGCAGCCACAGCAGCCACAGCGACCAGGAGGAAAGCGAGGAGAACAGCACGUACAGCGCUGAGCUGCAGCAGCAGGACAUCAACGACCACCGGGAGGAGGAGGAGCGUGUCACCGAGGCCGAGAAGAACAAACGUAUUCAGGCACAACUAAUGUCCCUGAGUGCUGACCUGGCCGAGACCAGAGACGACACCAUGAAGACUCAGAACGACCUGCUACACACGGAGAACGUCCGCGCUGGCCGGGACAAGUACAAGACCCUGCGGCAGAUCCGUAUGGGCAACACCAAACAGAGAGUGGACGAGUUUGAAUCCUUGUAGACCACAGAGAGAGAGAGAGAGAGAGAGAUAGAGAGAGAGAUAGAUGGAGAGAGAGAGAGAGAGAGAGAGAGCGAGAGAGAGCGAGAGAGAUGGAGUAAGUGAGAG